UUUCACCUAGGGCAGGAGUGGUAGUGCUGCCCUCCUCUCCUCCUCCUCCUCCUCACUGUUUGGGACCUGCUGCCAGUGUACUCCCAAAUUAUUGCAAACUAGCAUCUCAUGUUGGCAGGAUCCCUUCCUCUGCUGUCUGGAGCCUGGGCUGUUUCCUGCACCUGUACUACCAGCCAGGUUCCCUGGCAUGCAUUGAACUGUCAGCAGGAUCUUAGCGGGCACUGUGCAGACUGAGAGAGGACACAUGGCAGCCUGGGAGUUCUGCAUGGCUGUGCUUAUGGCGUGGGCAGCUAUGGUGGCAGCUAAGGGGCAUCUUAACUGCAAGGAAGUCCGUGCCAGCUUCCACACUCUGCAGCCUGGGGUGAGAUGGGUGCCAGAGUCACCUGUGUCAGGAUCAGAUCUACAAGUCUGUGUCACGAAAACCUCAACAUGUUGUUCAAAGAAGAUGGAAGAACGAUAUCAAGUCGCCUCUCGUGUAAACAUGGAGCAGCUCAUUCAAGCUGCUAGUGCCAAGCUGAAGUUCCUGAUAAUUCAGAAUGCAGCGAUAUUUCAAGAAGCGUUUGAAAUGGUAAUACGGCAUGCAAGGAAUUAUACAAACACAAUGUUUAAGACUCAUUACCAAAACAUCUCAUCUAAGACCUUUAAACUGGUCGGUGAAUUAUUCACAGACAUUUCACUCUAUGUCUUGGGUUCAGACAUUAAUGUGAAUGAUAUGGUGAAUGAGUUUUUCGAUGGCUUGUUCCCGUUAGUGUAUGGCAAUUACUUGAACCCUGGAUUAAAGGAGUCAAUGGAAAAUGUAGAGUGUCUUCGACUGGCCAGACGAGACGUCAGUGCAUUUGGUCAGUAUCCAAAAACAAUCAUGACCCAAGUGUCCAAAUCGUUGCAGGCUUCUCGAGUUUUCCUGCAGGCUUUGAAUCUCGGCAUAGAAGUGAUUAAUACUACUGACUAUUUAAAGUUCAACAAGGACUGUGGUAGGGCACUACUGAAAAUGUGGUACUGCUCCCACUGUCAAGGUCAAUUGCUGGCACGGCCAUGCGCUGGAUAUUGUGGAACUGUCAUGCGAGGUUGCCUUUCUAUCGUUGGGGAAAUAGACUCUUACUGGAAUGAAUACAUUGCAUCAAUUGAGAGACUUUCUAAAGAAAUGCACGGGAUUUAUGACCUAGAACGUGUUCUACUUCAUCUGUAUUCGCUCGUCCAAGAAGCUGUAGUACAUGUCGAAAGGAAUGGAGGAAAACUUUCUACAGCGGUUAAUAAAUUAUGUGGCACUUCAAAGCAUAGAGUGUCAAGGUCAGUACGCAAUGGAGGAGAUACAUAUAUCAACAAGAAAAUGUUCAAGGUCAAUACGGACAAUGAAGAAACCCUGUCUGGAAAAAGAAGGGAGUUUAUAUUGAAGCUGAAGACCUAUAGUCAUUUCUAUGGCAGCUUGCCCGCGCUCGUCUGCCGCCAUACCACUGUCGCUGAAAACGACACGUCCUGCUGGAACGGACAGGAGAUAGUUGAGAGGUUCCAGCCCCAUACUGUGAAGAACGGCUUUAAGGUUCAAACAAGCAACCAAGAGGGUAAAGUGAGGAGCGCCGAACCCGUGAUUAACCAGAUCAUUGAUAAAUUGAAUCAUGUCAAUCAGCUGUUAAAAGGAAUGUCAACACAACGACGGAAAAACAUGGGGAAAAUCACAGACGAGGAAGAAUCGCAAAGCGGUGACUGUGAUGAUGAGGAUGAGUGUGAGGACGGAUCGGGAAAAAGUAGUUUAAGAAUAAGGAAUCAGCUGCGCUUUAUACCAGAAUUGGACUAUGAUUUGGAUAUUGAUGACGUUCCAUUUAAUAAGCAGAUGCGAAACCAGCAGGAUCAGAAUGGCAGAGAAAUAACCCACCUCCAGUCUGGAAGUGACAGCAUAAAGACUGUGUUGGCCAAGCCGCUUCUUCCCCUCACAAUUACCUUGUUAGGACUUGUCUCAGUGAACUGAUCCUCCAGUCUUAACCCUUUCUUGUUCUGGUAGAUACAUAAUGUUCCUAGCUGGAAUUUACAAUUUAUAACAUUUUCCCGGGCCAUUGUAAAGUCUUCUUGGAAAAAAAUAAUAAUUUUAUAUAGUAAUAUUAUUAAUGUAUUAAUAAAGAACAUUUCUUUGUUCACAGA